AUGGGCAAAAUACACGUCGACGAGAACAAAUACGGGCAUGUCGAAACCGCCAUAGAUGAGGCAGCUGGCGCGUUGGACAAUGAUGCCUACGCUCGUCAACGAUGGUGGAAUUGGCGAAUUGCGGCCAAUGUGACAAUAAUUGGCAUGUCUUGGGGACUUUUUGGCUAUGACAAUUCCUUCCUGUCAUCCGAAAUGGCCCUGCAACUGUUUGUCAAAAAGUAUCAGGGCCAUGGAACGACCUUCACAGCUGUCAAUCUCAAUGUUCUGACGGCAGUCCCAAUGACCGGUGCAGCACUAGGGAGCUUCAUUUCCGCUCCACUGCAGAGAAAAAUUGGAAGAAAGCGGACCUUCCUGACAGCCUACAUGUUUUUCUGCAUCCCAGGCUCACUUCUCCAGCUGUUUUCUCCCAAUAUGGCAGCUUUUGUUAUAGGACGAAUCUGGAACAAUCUUGGUAUUAGUAUCCUGAACACGGCCUGCGGUCUCUACCUCGCCGAGUUGGUCCCUCCUUACAUCCGGGCGAGGACCAUCGGCUUGUGCGUCGCGUCUGGAAAUGCCGUCAGCGUCAUCGCAGCUACUGUUGUCUGGGCGAGCGAGAAGCUUGACAACGAACAACAAUACAAAAUUCCUCUCUACGUUCAGGUCGGCUUUCCCGUUAUGUUGGGCUUGCUCACAUUAAUUACCGAAGAAUCGCCAGCAUGGUACAUGCUUCGCGAUGAGGAGGACAAGGCACGCAAGGCCUUGACGAAGCUACGGAAAGGGAAUACCAAGAUCGUCGAAUCAGAGCUUUCCGUUCUCCGUACUCUUAUUGCUGAGGACCGAGCGCGCCGCCAAAACAUUCGAUUUUGGGAAAUAUUAAACAAGGCCAACAUUCUGCGCACGUUAACUGCUGGCGCGUGCUGGAGUCUCUGUCAAGUGGGUGGUCAGCUCUUGGUUCUCGUAUAUUCAACCGUGGUGCUCAUCCAAAGCGGCGUCGCCAACCCUUUCGAAAUCACGGUGAUAAUCUUCCUCAUGUCCUUCCUAGGUGGACUAGUCGGGGGUUAUCUCAUGGACAGGAUUGGCCGUAGGCCUGUGGCAUUGACUGGGUUUGUGAUUCUCUUUUUGUUGGAUGUUGCAAUCGGGGGUCUUGCUUGUGGACCACUCGCUACCGGGUCUCAGAGAAUCGCACUGGCUGCUCUUUUUAUUGUCUUCGCAUUCUUCAAUUCCAUGAGUUUCUUAUCACUAGGAAUCCUCCUACCGGCUGAAGUUCCAGCUUUGCAGUAUCGAGAAGCAACUUCUGCGUGGGCUGUGUUUUUCAACUACGUUACCGCAACUAUUACCCAGUUUGUCGUCCCCCAGCUCACCACCGCUGCCGGCUUGGGAGCCCGAACAGACUUGAUCUUUGGUGGUUGCAUGAUAUUCGUCAUCAUUGCAGCAUACUUCUACCUACCCGAAACAAAGGGGAGGACGUUGGCUGAGAUCGAUGAAUUGUAUCGCUUGAAGCUUCCCAUGCGGAAGUGGAAAGAUCUCUUGGAGGAUAUUCUAACGGGUCGAUAUGAGUGGGUAGGAAGCAUGAAUGGCAUUCAAAUUGCCAUACAACAGUCGCGGUGGGCUGUUCAGGUCAAUUCGUCCGACAAUCUCGAUCCGGUGGCCUUGCUGAGCUAUCUAGGGAACAUGCCUUACAGGCGAUUCGAGAGGGUAGGGAGGAUGGAAGACCUGGAUGAGGCUUUUCAGGUGGCGCAGCAGGCUGUCGCAGUCGCUCCAUCUGACCAUCCUAACCUAGCAAGCUACCAAAACAAUCUGACGGCUAAGCUUCAAAGACGAUUCGAGUGGAAAGGCACAAUAGAUGAUCUCAAAGAAGUGUCAAGUCUCACGGCUGGAUUUAGAUAA